UGCCCCAUAGAUCCGCCCCAUGGGGCGCUCAUGGCUGUGGGGCCGGCGCAGUGGGGCCAGGCCUUGGGGGCGCUGCUGAGUGGGGCCCGGAGGGCAGCUCUGCGCUUGGGGGUCGCGGCCUGCGCUGCCCUCCUGCUGCUCUGGGCCUCCCUCUUCCUCUAUGGCACCUUCUACUACUCCUAUGUCCCCACCGUGGCCUUCGUCCGCCCCGUCCAUUAUGCCUUCAGGACUGACUGUGGGUCCCCAGGACCUGAGCUCUGCUCCUUCCCCACUGCCAACGUGUCCUUGCUGGGAGGGAAUAGGGAGAAGGUGCUGCUCUAUGGGCAGCUCUAUCGCAUCUCCCUGGAGCUGGAGCUGCCGGAGUCACCAGUGAACAGAGCCCUGGGCAUGUUCAUGGUCACCAUCACCUGCUAUGGGGCAGGCGGCCGCCCCCUGGCCACAGCCGCACGCCCGGCCAUGCUCCAUUACCGCUCGCGCCUCCUGCGCACGCUGGACACUGUGGCCUUCGCCCUCCUCUUCCUCAGCGGCUUCGCGGAGCAGAAGCAGACGGUGGAGGUGGAGCUGUACUCCCAGUACCGCGAGGACUCGUACGAGCCCACAGUGGGGGCAGUGCUGGAGAUCCAGAGCAAACGCAUCCAGUUGUACCGGGCACAGCUCAGGGUUCACGCUCACUUCACCGGCCUGAGGUACCUGCUCUACCACUUCCCGGUGACGUCAGCGGUUCUGGGCGUGGCCGGGAACUUCGCGCUCCUCAGCCUGCUGCUGCUCGCCGGGUACCUGCAGUGGGCGUGGCCACGCGCAGGCCCCGCCCCCUCCGCCUCCCGCAGCCAAUCAGCGCCCGCCGCGAGGGAACAGCAGGAGGAGGGGGGAGGGGAGGGGCUGUGUCCAUUGAUGCCCCUCCCCCCCCCCCCAGCGCCCCCCCCGCAGCUCGUGGGCCCCAUGGAUCCGGAUGCAGAGUCGGAGCACCCACCGGAAGUCGAGCCCAGCGCCCCUCCCCCCCCCGAGGAGCAGGACAAGGAGGGGGAGGGGCCGGAGGAGGAGGUGGGGGAGGGGCCGGAGGACCAAGGGGAGGCCCCGCCCCCUCUCCCCUCCCCCCGCCGCCGCACCACGUGCUCCAGCUCCUGA